GUAUCAUGAAUGUAUCGAUGAUUGUGCGAUUGUGCUCUCCGUGUCGUUGAUCUGACACGAAAAAGAGCGCGAAGUCGUGAACUCGUGCAUACGAUGUUAUAUUCGAUGUUAGAUGUUUUUGUGUUUUUGUAAUUUGUUAUGGAUAAUCCAAAGUGUUAUAUUUUAUUUUAGUAAAAAAAAUUAUGAUGAAUUAAAUUAAUUUUAAAUUGAGUUGACUUGAUCUUGAUUUGUAAUAAAGCGGAUAUGCUACAUUAUUAAAAGCAAGUGUUGAUUUUGGUAUAAAAUGGUUUGCAUAUAUUUUUCAAAGAGGGGUAAACGGUAGCAUUUGAAUUUUAUAUUUAUAUGUUUUUUUUUCUCAACAUGGUUGAUCCAAGUGCAGAUACUGAUAUAAGCAAGUUAGAAGCUCUGUUUUUAUUGUCUGAUAAUGAUGAAGGACCAACAGUGAUAGAAGAGCAGAAAGCAAAGGGAUGCACAUUAGAAAAUAAUAUUAAUAAAAAAUCGUUUUUACAAGAAUUAGCUGAUUUAGAUAAGAAUAUUGAUACGUUAAUGACAAAUAAUGCAACAUUUUCAGACCUUGAUUCAAUUAGAAUUGGAAAAUAUAACAACAAAGAUAGUGUAGUUCAUAAUGGAGAUACUGAUUCGUCUGAUGAUGAAGAAAAACGGAAUUUUUUAGAGCAGAAGUAUAAUGACUAUGGAAGGCAAAUUAAAAGUUACUUAAAUAAACAAGAAAAUGAACAAACAAAUAGAAAAAUGGAUAAAAUAAUUAAUACUGAAAUUAAAAAAUCUAAUAUAUCAUCGAAACUAUCAGAUGAGAAAUAUGAGUUAAAAGUAGCUGCUAAUACCAAAAAUGCUAUAAAAACUAAAUGCGACGUAUAUACUGAUCCAAUAUUUGGAAUUAGAUUAAUUAACCCUGUCAUUUCGAGUGCCACAUUAACUGAGAGAAUGACUGGAAAAUUGCCUGUUCGAUUUGCUCAAAUUAAAAGGCAUGUGCAAAGUGGCAACUUGGAUUCAGAUUGGGUAGUGGCAGGCUGCAUUGUAAGCAAGAGCCCUGUUAAAACAUCUCAAAAAGGUGCUCAGUAUAGCAUUUGGUUACUCAGUGAUUUGCAUAAUGAUUUAAAAACUGUCUCAUUAUUUUUGUUUCGCAAUGCUCAUAAAGAGUUGUGGAAAACAAAUUCAGGAACAGUCAUUGGAAUUCUAAACCCAAGUGUUCUUGAAAAAAGAGAAGGUUCGAAGGAUGAAGCUUGCUUAUCUGUAGAUAAUCCUCAAAGAAUUAUGAUAUUUGGCCAAUCAAAAGAUAUAGGAACAUGUAAAAGCCGGAAAAAAAAUGGUGACCCAUGUACAGCAUUUGUGAAUACACAUACUUGUGAAUUUUGUAUAUUUCAUGUUAAGCAAGAAUAUAUUCAACAUUCCAAAAGAUCUGAACUGCAAUCUUCUUUUGCAGGAAAUGGGUUAACAAAUUUGAGAAACAAGGUUUUGGGAAAGAAUGAGGUCUUUUAUGGAGGACAGUCCUAUAUUGCGACGCCUAUUCAAAAAAACAGAAAACAAAUGGCUAAAGAUAAAAAUAGAUUAAAUUUUCUUUCUGAUGGAAUGACCACUAAUAGUAGCAGUGUCAAUAGGCAAAGUAUUAUUAAUUCAUUAAAUGUUGCAAAUAAACUGAACGCUGCUAGAAUUGAGGUCACCUCAAAACAAAGAGAUAAAGAUCUGAAACGAUUACAAAUUCUAAAGGAAUACAUGCCAGAAUGUUCUACACGAUUAGUAAAUAAUGUGAUGAAUAAUGAAUUAGAAAUUUCAAAUAAAACUGCAAUUAAAGACAGCAACCAUGCAAACAGUACUAAUUGCAAUAAUAUUUUUAUUCCAAAACUCAGUUCUGAUAAUGGUAAAAUAAUUAAUUUAAAUAUAGAUGCACAUAAAACUGUGAAUAAAGCAAAUUUUAAAGCAUUAGAAUGGGUUAAAAAAAAUGGACCCAUAAAAAAAACUGACCCCAGUAAUUUGAAAGGAACCAUAUUAGGCAAGAAACGUAUAUUAGAAGAACUAAAUCAUGAUCAAAUAAACAAAAAAAUGAAGGUAGAAGAAAAGACAUCUUUUAGGUCAGAUCGAUUUAAAAAAUUAAUGGAAGCUUCCUCAAUAAAUGAGCAUUUGGUCACAUUGGCAGAAAAUGAAAAACAAAAAAAGUACUUUGAUAUAUUAGAGAAGAAGGAAGCGAUGGAAGAAAAAAUGUUAAAUACUUUCAAAGUCGCUUGUAAAGCAGUGUCAUGCUCUGUAUGCAAAUACACCAGUUUUUCAGCAUCAGAGAAAUGCAAGAAAGAAAGACAUCAAUUAAAAGUCACCGACUCCUUCAAAAGAUUCUUUCAAUGCCAGGAUUGUUCAAAUAGAACAGUUACAUUAGAUAAGAUCCCCAAAUUUUCUUGCAAAAAUUGUCAGAGCUCACAUUGGGUUAGAGCACCUAUGAUGAAAGAAAGAAUUGUCAAAAGUACUUCACAGGUUUUGUCAAUUAGAGGUGAUGAGGAGAAAUUUAUAGGCUCUGUAAUGUCUGAAAGCAAUAUUAACUUACUUGUUCCCGAAUAA